AUGCGGUUCCCACAGGCGAUACUAAUCGAUCCACGAAAGGUUUUGCCGAGCAGACAUUCUAUCUUCAUUCGUGGAUUUCCCGGAAAUGUCAGCAUUGACGACAUCAAAGAGUUGUUCUCUAAACAGUGUGACGGAAAAUGCAAAAUAGACUUCUUUAGUUUCUCAGAAGAUAAAUCCCAGUUGUUUGUGGCGAUAAGAUUUGACUCCCACAGUGUUGCCAAAAGGCUCAUAUCAAAGUAUGAUGGAGAGAGAAUAUUUGGGUACAAAGUUGAGCUCAAUUGGUUUAAAGAUAUUAGGAAAGCCAGAAAAAAGGUGAUCGAAAACGAGUAUAAAUAUCAGACUCUUUUGGCUCACCCUCACUUUGAUGUCAGACGUCGGCCUAAUGGCCGAUUUCCACUGCGACGUAUGGGCCUCAAGCGGUUUGGUGGAAAGUUUCUGCAGCGCCACUACGAAGCACCGCCGACCCGACAGUGUGUCUCAUCUAGCGAUUCGUCAGGCUCACGAUCUCGUUCUUCUUCAUUUUCCAGACAAAGCCGUAGUCCCCAUCGACGUGGAUCAUCCUCCAGUGACUCCAGUCGAAGUCCACCCCGACCGCUACCCGUUAGGCGUCGUUCACCGGUUAAGUCAAGCCAUUCAGACAGUGGUUCUUGCUCCUCAAGUUCAAGCUCAAGUCCGGCGUCCUGUAGGUCUGCUGUCAAUGGACGUAAGGAGCAACCAGCGCCUCCAGCAACACAACUGGUAUACGAGUACGACGAAGUCUCAGGAGAGAAAGAAGUGCUGGAAGCAGCCUUGAAAGCCUGUUCGCCUCCUAACAGAAAGAAUGUCAGUGCCUCGCAUUCCGAUUCGGCAGACUCCCGCCGGUCCAGCACCCACACAAGCAGACGUUCGACUCGUGGUGAUGAAGAACACGAACAACAAGUUCACCAGNAGUUACGAAAGGAACCGCAAAAAGAACAGCAACAGCCACAAAAUAUGGUUAUUCCUUACACAGAAAGUUCUGAAGAUGAGCAGUCGCCAAAACGUAAACGGGAAAAGCGUAAGAAACGCACAAGACAUCGUAAAAAUAAACGAUCGAAAAGAGUGCGCUCGCUAGGAACACCAGUUGGUCUUGAAUCGGUGGAUUUAGCUAUUCCUGCAAAUGGUCCCAAUGCAGUCGAUCCAGAAAAUGCUCCCGCGGAUGUCGUAACUCCUGUGAAAAAACCCAUGGACGAUGAAGAAAUCCACGAAAUUUUGGAAGUGGAACAACUCUCCCUGAACAACAUAUUCCUACCCGACGAAGCGCCGGAGCCACUCAUGGAGGAGAAAUUGGAUGCCUCCGGCCCCCUCCCAACCUCACCUCCAGCAACAAAUCCUGACGAAUCAGAUCGUGCGGAGACGACCGAAGAAGUAUCGGUUACACAGGUCGAAGACCAAAGUAGUGCGGAGCAGAUCGAUGCUGGAACACAAACUACCUUUGAACCGGGAUUUUCGAAGUCGACCUCAACCGAUUUCGGAACGCAAGCUUCUGUUCCAACUAAAGGCUCCUCAGCUAUUUCUGGAACGGACGAAAUCCUAUCACAAAUAUCAACCCUCACAGAUGCCAGGAUCGAUGAAAUAUUCCAGCAAAAACGACUGAUCGAAGCCGCAUAUCGUCUGGACUGCGAGGGUUACACGGCAUCCGUGGGAAAGCUUGUCAGACCUCUUUUACAGCACCACGAUGCCCAGCGGAACAACCCUAUGUAUCAAGAUAAAUUCAUCAAACGUAUACGUUUUGUAACUGGGAAUUAUGAGGAUAUUUGUAUUCCACCUCUUACCUAUCGUUACGUACACGUUGGAAUCUGA